CGAUCGUCUCGUAUGUUUUAUUAGUCUUGCCAUUCUGCGCGGCGUACGCGGUGUUUAAAGCGAUGGACGCGCUGCUCAGCAUCCAGAAGCUCCUGCUCGCCAUCAACGUCUACAACGCGUGCUACUGCGCCUUACUCGUCGUCAUCAACCUCUGGACGGGCAACGAGCCGAUGGCGUCGCUCCAGGAGUCCAACGAGGCGGAUUACCUCAUCCUCCAAUUCUUCAAGUGCGCGGCGUACGGCGCUUUCAUCGUCAUUCAGGUGGUGCACGUGUGCAUGCUGUGGAGCACCAGGGCGGAGAACAUGAAGGUCGCGGCGGUGGGCAACCUCGCGUUGAGCCUGUGCAUCGGGUUCCACUACUUCAUCCGGGUGUGGUCGCCCGCGAUGGAGGGGCACCCGCCAAAGACGUCGGCGACGUCGUACACCCUGUACACGACGAUGUUCGCCGCCAUGGCGUUUAGUCAUUACGUCAAGCCGGACAAGGGCGAACGGGCGAUGGCGGCGCAGGCCAACGCGGCGAUGGCGGGCAACGACGAGAACAAGCAGUUUUAAGCGUGCCUUGGCGAGUGAGUUCGUAAGUCUGUACGUCGAAAUUGACGAGCUACUGUUGCUCGAGUUGAUUGUAUUACACGGUACCAUCCUCUGUCUC